AUGUUCGUGUUCGUAACUGUGCUGUCCUCACGGCAGGGCCUCACCAGCCUGUUUCGCAGUGGGCCAGGCCGCGGCGAACAGACUUCCUGGUCGGGGUUGAUGCAGACUGCCCUCGUGCGGAUGGGGCGCCUCGUCGUUGGUCAGUUCUUUGUUGCCGGGACUGCAUUCGGAAGGAUUACGAAUCUUUCAGUAGCCACGGGGCUAGAGCGCAACCGGCUUUGGCUGAAGUGCGACCAUGCCAGUGUUGGCGUGGCCGUGCAGCUGACGGGUCUUCGCACGAGAAAAGUCGGUGGGGAUUGCGCUGUGGAUGACCUUAUCAUCGUAUUGCCUCGCGAGCGCGCCUGGCGCUUGUGUGAGCACCGGCAGCGGAUCGAGCAGCUCAUGGCAUGCCAGGUUUUCGGGCCGCCAUUGGAGGUUGCAUGGGAGAACGACGCACAGAUCCAGUCGCGGACGCAAGCGGCCUUCGAGCGAGAGGAUGUCGAGCAUCCGGAGAAGCAUUCAGGCAGUGCCUACGACCGCCGUUGGGAGCAACCGGCUGUCGAGGAGGUCUCUGGUUUGGCUCCAGCAUUCAGCAAUGCUUCGCGUCGCGAGUUUCAAUCGCCCGUGCGGACGGGGGUCAUAGAAAGGGAUGGCGUCCAGAAGGAAGAGAAAGGCGUGUUGAAGAUACGUGAUCAGUCGGGAUCGCCAAAGGGGGCGGGUUUAACAGAUGUGAUCAACCAGGGCAACGACCACUUCAAGCGGCAGGAGUUUGAGCUCGCGGUAGAGGCGUACACCCGCGCCAUUGCAGUGGACCCCGAGAUCUUCCGCAUGAGUGCUCGACUCGGCCAGAUGAUCCCGGCCUUUGCCAAGGAGUGUUGGGAAGUGGCGGAGCUGGACGCAAAGCGCGCCCUGCAGUUAGAUCCGGCGAACGCCAAGGCCAUGUACAGGCGAGCCAUCUGCCUUCGAAAGUUGGGAAGGCUACACGAUGCUCUGGGCGUCUUGGAGGAUAACGCGCAUUCGGAGAACAAAGCGUUCCAACAGCUGCGGAACGAGGUGGUACACGAAAUCGCCCGACAAGAGGCCCGUGGCAGAUUUCACGGCUUCCUCAUGCUUCAUGACUUCAAUCAGAUUCAG